GUUUCUUUCAUCAGCGGCAGGAGUCAGUGUGCCUUGUGCUGCCGUAGCGAGAAGACGUGUCGCUUUACCGUUCUCCGAGUGACCCUGGCUGCAGGGAUGGUGCGUUAGCCGUUAACGUUACUUGACGACCCAUUUCUCUAAUAUAUAUAUAAAAAAGAUAAAUGUCUUUUCACUAAACGCAUAUUUCAUUACUUACGAUAAAAGAACAAGGCCGCAUGAGUGAUACAUUUUGUAAACUGAAGUUUUGUAACUUUCCAAAAGUGACCGUAGAAAAGUUCGAAAGUUAAUAUUAUCUCAAUAUAACAUUCCUCUAUCUAAGUAGAAAUUUUAUGUAGCCAUGUAUUUGUUGUAUAGAUGAAAUAUAGUAUUCAGAGAUGAUGAUAAUAAUGAAGACCACACAAAUAAAAUGAUCUCGAAAGUGAUUCACGAAUUCACAUUGUUAUUAUGGCAAAAAUCUACCAUAUAUCCUUGGGCAACCAAUAGUGUCUAUUGAUAUCUCAUAAAUUAGACUUGUGCCCCACUUUCCUCAUAGAGAAAUUCCACGGAAAAUAUAAGUUCGACGACAGUAAACAGAGAAAACUAAAGGGAAACAUGGCGUGCUACCUUUUGCAGCAAUGCGAUACACAAGGUACAUCGCUGAACAAUUAUCUAUCGUGACAUUCUAAGGCGCUGACAUAGAGAGAAACGAGGAAAAAAAAAAGAUAAAUCGACACAGAGGACAAAGAAAGAACACUGAAGAAGUGAACAAUGAAGAGAGAAUAUGCAGUGGUGGUGACAAUAGCAUCGCUCGUAAUACUGAGGAUCCCAACGGCCUCGUCGCAGGAUGAUCACGUUUGGUCAGUGAUUGGAGUAGCUGGUUCGCCAAUCGACCUGCCUUGCUACUUGAACCCUCGAACUCCUGGAGACAGACCGAAGCUUAUUUUGUGGUAUAAGAGGGGUACUCGGACGCCCGUAUUCAGCCACGACGGUCGAGUACCCCAGAUGAGGGCAGACAUCCAGCAGGAGGGAGGGCGCCUCGCCGUGGGCAGGAACGCUGCAACUCUUACGCUGGAAAGUCUGAAAGUGCAGGAUGCAGGUGUCUACGAGUGCAGAGUGGAUUUCUUCAAGUCUCCCACACACACCAAUUUUGUACAUCUAACCGUAGUAGAGCCACCAGGUAGUGUUCAGAUAUACGACAGCGAAGGAGGUCAAGCUAAAGAUGGAGUUAUUGGACCUUAUAGAGAAGGAGACUCAAUCACGCUUACUUGCAGAGCGAUUGGAGGGUCACCGUCGCCGAACGUGACGUGGUGGCGGGAAGACAAGCUGCUGAGCGGCAGCUGGGAGAAGGGCGAAGGGGGCGUGGUCAGAAACGAGCUCAAGCUCAACAAGCUCUCGCGGGAAUGGCACAACGAGAGCCUCACCUGUAUAGCAGCAAACACUCACCUGGCAAGUCCCUUCACUGUGACCAUACUCAUCCAGAUGUUUUUAUUACCAACGAGUGUCAUCAUCAACAACCCGGGGCCAGUCCAAGAAGGUCAGCAGAUAAGACUUGUUUGUACGUCAUCAGGGUCAAGACCCUCUGCGACCUUGACCUGGCUGAUGAGAGGAAUAACCCACACAGCCGACAAAGAGAACCUCAUGUACGGGGGAGUGACAAGCUCCACUUUAAUUGCCAACAUGACCCGAGAGGACGAUGGCACCGAGGUCACCUGCAAAGCCAAUAACCCUGCGGCGCCAGAUUAUCCUCUGAUAAACUCCACGAAGCUCACUGUUCAUUAUCCACCAACGGUAUCAGCUGCCCUUGGGAAGUCACUUGUCCCCGAGCUCCUGAAGCAAGGAGAUGACGUGUAUUUCACUUGUUCUGUUGCGGCUAACCCGCCGGCCUCUUCGAUCGUUUGGUACCACGAGGACAAAGUUCAAGUGCAGAACUUGUCGAUAGGUGUGAUAUUAUCGGGGGACUCGUUAGUCCUCCAGAAAGUAGACAGGACGAGAGCUGGUCGAUACAGGUGUUCGGCGUCCAACGCCUUGGCUACUGUCACCAGUCCACCGGUCAACUUGAGGAUAAGAUACGAGCCAGUGUGCCAAACUUCCCCGACGACUUACUUCAUCUAUGACAAACCGAUCAACGUCACUUGCACCGUCGCAUCGUACCCAGCGGUGAGAUCCAUCCAGUGGCAGUGGAACAGUAGCACUGACGUCAUCAGUACAGUGCCAAUUAGUGAGGAGGGCGAGCGAGUGUCUGCCCAGCUGACGGUGGAGCCCAUCAAGAGUCGAGAGGACAGAACGCUGACAUGUUGGGCAGUCAACGAGAUGGGGAAACAAUCCCGCCCUUGUGGAUUUUCCGUCAAAGUUGCCCAGAUGCCCAUGCCGUUGUCAUCGUGUCGACUGGCCAACAUCACCGCAUCAUCCCUUAGUCUUACGUGCCAAAAGCCUACAGUUGCCUCUGCUGGGACUACCCUCUACAGAGCAGAGGUAUAUUUCCAAAACAACACCCUGUUCGCCAACGUAACCUCCCCUCGCCCCAACUUCAACGUGAGUCGACUGGACGCUGGAAUGAGGUACGAGAUUAAGGUGUACGUUACCCACGGUCCAGUGACGUCCCAGCCGGUUGUGGUGUCUGCCUAUACUUCCAGAACUUCCAGAACAGCAGCAGGAAAUUCGACCACGAACGGCAGGUCAGUCGGGGAGGUCCUCGGCAUCGUAGCCGUUGUCAUCUUGUUCAUAAGUGUCGCCAUCUGGGGCAAACACUAUUGCAAAAACAGAGCCAAGAGGAAGAAGGAAGAGCCUCGCAUUCCUUCCGACGAGAGUAAUCCCGACGUCGUGCCUACGACUGUCGAAGAAUCAGUUGAUCUCCUAGAGGCAGGGACUGCGAAGUCUGAACUUCCACUUCUGGCACCCAUUUACGACUCCCUGGGGGCUCCCUUGUCGGAGGGUAUACCUGUGACUUCGCUGUCGACGGGGGAGGUGUAUCCUUCGCUGAGGCUCCCCCAUCCUUCCUCGGAGGGCGACGCCUACAAAAGUGUCAGGGCAGACCUGCACUGUCCUGUCGACCAGCUCAUGCAGGCCGCCGAAACCAUUGUGUAAAAUAGUUCAUCAAAGCCUCCACUUUUGUAUAUAAUACCUCCACUUGCCAUCACUCGCCGUACCCAUAUUAUAUACAGAGUAUUAUUUGUCCAUAACUCAACGUUGUAAUUGUUUGGAAUAAGAAUAAAUUAUAUGAUUAUAUUAAGACAAGAAAUAUAUAUUAUAUCUAUAUUUUCA